ACCCACCAACUCCAAGGAUCCAAUCCGCCAUAGUUGACCAAAUCAUUUCUAAGUUAAAACACAAUAACCCAAACUGCAACAACACAGCUGAAUCCCAUUCAGGCAGACCAUGGCUGCCAGGGAAGAACAAGUGAAGGUGCUAGGGAAAUGGCCCAGCCCCUUCAGCAACAGAGUGGAGCUGGCUCUCAAGUUGAAAGGAAUCCAAUACGAUUUCUCCGAACAAGAUCUCUCCAACAAGAGCCAAGAGCUUCUCACUUGCAAUCCUGUUCACAAGAAGGUCCCUGUCCUCAUUCACAACGCUAAACCCAUCUCUGAGUCUCUCGUCAUCGUUGAGUACAUCGAUGACACCUGGAAAUCCCACCCCUUCCUCCCUCAAAACCCUUCUGAUAGAGCCUCUGCUCGAUUCUGGUCCAAGCUUAUUGAUGACAAGUGCUUGCCUGCUUUAUGGAAAGCGUUCUGGUGCGAGGAGAAGGAGCGCGACAAGGCUGUGGAGGAAGCCAUGGAGGCUCUGAAGAUGCUGGAGAAUGAAAUCAGCGACAAGAGAUUCUUCGGAGGAGACGAAGUUGGACUGGUAGAUAUUGCCGCUAAUUUUGUCGGUUAUUGGGUGGACAUAUUACAGGAAAUUGCAGGUUUACAGUUACUCACGUCUGAGAAAUUCCCGAAGCUAUACAAAUGGAGUCAAGAAUUUUCCACUCAUCCGAUCGUGAAGCAAGCUCUACCUCCCAGAGAUGAACUCUUUGCAUUCUUCAAAUCUCGCACUGCCUAGACUCACGGUUCAUGAUUUGUGACGACCUGAAUUUUUCCGGAAAAUGAUUGUCUGGUGUAAUAAAGGAAAAGCUGUUCUGUUCUCCAUGUUUGGCUCUGGUAUUUCAAUCGUUAAGCCAUAAAAUGUAAUGGAUUUUCUGAUUAAUCUGCUCUUUGCUUGAA